AUGGCGGAAGGGACGCGCGCAACAUUGAAAGUUCAAUUUGAGGAAUCUCAAAGGCAGCAGGGAAUGAUGCAGCAGCAACUAGAACAGAAUCAACAAGCAAUUUCUGGAAUAACUGAAAGGUUAGAACAAGUUUCAGAUCUGUUGAAAUCUGUAGUUGAUUCUGUAAAUGUUAUGUCUCGUAGAGAUAGAGAAGUGUCUAAUGAUACUAGGAAUCAUGAGGAGCGAGGAGUUUUUCAGAGAAAUAUUAGGUUGGACUUUCCACACUUUAGUGGCCGUGAUCCUGCAGGGUGGACCUUUAAGGCCAAUCAACACUUUGAUUGUUUUCAAGUACCCUUCCAUCAGAAAUUAAUGGUGGCUUCGCACCAUAUGGAAGGUGAGGCAUUGGUGUGGUACCAAAGUGCCUUUGAAUCAGGACAGUUUAAUUCAUGGGAGACCUUAGUGGUAGCAAUGCAAGGAAGGUUCGGACCUUCAGCAUUUGAUGAUCCAAUGGAGGCCUUAACCAGAUUAAGACAAACUACUUCUGUUAGUUUGUAUACAUCACAAUUUGAGGCCUUGUCCAAUAGGCUCAAAGGCUUGUCUGACAAACAUAAGAUGAGCUGCUUUAUUAGUGGACUCAAGGAUGACAUUCAAAUACCUGUCAAGAUGUUUAAUCCACUAAACCUUGGAGCUGCAUUUAGCCUGGCUAAGCUGCAGGAGGAACAUGUGCUAUCCUCAAGAAAGUCUUGGAGACAAAAUAGCCAUUUUGCUGAGAAAUGGCCUCUUAAUAGUGUGGGGAUGACUGAUCUUGCCAAUAAUGCUCCAAAGAAUGUGUUUCCUAUGAGAAGGGUGAAUUCAUCUCAUAUGGAUGAAAAGAGAAAAAAAGGCCUAUGUUUCCAUUGUGAGGAAAAGUGGAAUCCUAAUCAUGUAUGUAAAAAUCCGAGGGUUUAUUUCUUGCAUGGGGAACCUAGUGAUAUGCAAGAGGAAAUUGAUAAUGAGGAUGAAGUGGUGCCUCAAUCUCUACAGAGUUCUAAAGAACUGGUUCUGAAGGGGGUGGAGGAACUUGAAGUCUCGAUUCAUGCCAUUUCUGGUUGCAUCAACAGUAAUGCCAUGAAGCUCCUGGGUACCAUAGGCUCAUUUUCUGUUGAGAUCCUUGUAGACUCAGGAAGUACUCACAACUUCCUAGAUCCCUUGGUGGUAGAAGCAACAAAGUUGCGGGUAAUGGAAGAUGGAGCCCUUCAGGUGAAAGUAGCUGAUGGUACUAGCAUAGUCAGCCAAGGCAAAUGUGAGGAAAUGAUUAAGGUCCAAGGAACUAAGUUUCUAGUUCCUUUCCAUGUUCUGACUCUUGGAGGCUGUGACAUUGUUUUAGGGGUUCAAUGGCUUAAAACAUUGGGUCCUAUUCAAUGGGAUUUUACAAAUAUGUCUAUGCAGUUUGAGAUUGCUGGUCAGCAACUGUUUCUGCAAGGGUUGUUGUCUGGACAGGUUCAGGUUGAUGCUGGGAUUCGCAUGCUUAAAUCUUCCUUCAUUGGUCAGCAAGGUUGGCUUCUGCAACUUGUAGCAGUUCAGCCUAAGUUGGAGCCAACACAGACUCUACCAGCAGUUGAAGAGGUAGUAAACCAGUUUCAGUCUGUAUUCGAGGAACCAGUUGGGUUGCCUCCUCCUCGAGCCUUUGACCAUCGAAUUAUCUUGAAGGAAGGAACUCCUCCAAUUUCUGUGAGACCUUAUAGGUACCCCCAUUACCAAAAAACAGAAAUAGAAAAAAUUGUUAAAGAUUUGUUGUUAAAUGGGGUGAUUCGACCAAGCCAAAAUCCAUUUUCUUCACCUGUUCUCUUGGUAAAGAUAGUUGAUGGCACAUGGAGGAUGUGCAUGGACUAUAGAGCUCUCAAUCAAGAAACUGUUAAGGACAAGUUUCCAAUCCCUGUGAUAGAUGAGCUCUUGGAUGAGUUGUAUAGGGCAAGCCAAGAUUUAUUUCAGCAUUUGGAACAUUUGAAAACAGUGUUAUCUGUUUUACAGCAGCAGACUUUGUUUGCCAAGAAGUCUAAGUGUAAGUUUGGGGUUAUGGAAGUUGACUACUUAGGCCAUAUAAUUUCUGCAGAAGGUGUAAGAGCAGACCCUUCCAAAAUUUCAGCCAUGAUCGAGUGGCCUGUUCCUAAAACAGUGAAGGCCUUGCGAGGGUUUUUAGGCUUAACUGGUUAUUAUAGGAAACUUAUCAAAGGUUAUGGUUCAAUAGCUGCCCCAUUGACCAUGUUAUUGAAGAAGAAUUCCUUUGUGUGGGGUGAAGAGGCUGAGAAGGCUUUUUUGCAACUUAAGCAUGCUGUAGCUCACCCUCCAGUCCUGAAGCUGCCAGAUUUCUCUCAAGCAUUUCUCAUUGAAUGUGAUGCUUCUGGAGUAGGGUUGGGAGCUGUGUUGAUGCAAAACAGCCAGCCCAUAGCCUAUUUUAGUAAGGCUCUCAAGGGUAAAGCUCUCCUCUUAUCAACCUAUGAGAAAGAACUUUUAGCACUUGUAAGUGCACUUGGGAAAUAUAGGCCUUACUUGCUUGGUCAGCCUUUUAAGAUUAAAACUGACCAGCAAGCUUUGAAGCACUUGUUGGAGUAG